AUUGCUGCCGUCGUGAGUUCUCAUGCCUGGAGAAAAUUGCCUUUUUAUUGCUAGUUAAAUCGCCUUCGAAGAUCAAGUGUUUUCUGAAGUUCAACAACAACAGGUUAGUUAAGAGGAUGCAACAGAGGCCAUAAACCGGAAUACAAGACCCCGCAUCACAAGGCAGAUACUGCUGCAGUCGUUCUUGUGUUCAAUUACAACGGUUACUGCAGACCAGGUGUUUUACGUUCUUGGACUUGAGUAUUCAACCGCAACAAUUGCCUGUGCGUUGAACGAUCUCCGCCCUGCAGUCACUUUUGUCUUAGCAGUCUAUUGCAGGUUAGAAAAAGUGGGAAUAAAAACGGCAGCAGGUCAGACAAAGGUGGUAGGAACCAUUGCAUGUGUUGUUGGAUCCAUGCUGUUGUCUUUUUACCAUGGACACAGCAUUUACAGAACAGAAUCCGGUAUUCAUUGGAAAUAUGCCGAGGAAGUUACUGAUUCAAGUUCCAACAACAGGACAAACUUCCUAGAUCUAUUUCUAAUCAUGAUCAGAUAUGUUGCUUGGGCUGUUGGGUUCAUAAUCCAGGCACGACUAGGGAAGAAGUUUCCAGCACCUUACACAACAGCUGCAGUCAUGCGUUUCAUGGCAAGCAUUGAUUGCACUGCAAUUGCUUUCAUUUUUUAACAUAGAAUUUCUGCCUGGUCAUUGAGCUCCAGUAUCAGACUUUUUGCAUCUUUAUAUGAGGGAAUCGUGUGUAACGCGCUGGCACUUUGCCUAGUGACAUGGAGCAUUGGUAAGAAAGGACCUCUCUACGUCUCGAUCUUCAGUCCUUUGUCGCUGGUGAUCAUCGCAAUCCUAAGUUUUGCACUGCUACAUGAAAAGUUAUUCAUUGGAACUCUUGCAGGUUCUGUUCUGAUCGUUGCUGGAUUUUACGCUGUCCUGUGGGGGAAAGAUAAAAGAGACUAAAGAAAUGAAAUCCAUGGAUGAUGAAAUGGAAACAAAGCAAGACGAUCAGAAGGAUGACUUGGAACUCCAGCUUCCGAAGAAUAACGAUCAUCCCACUACGAUAGAACAAAAGUUCAAUCCUGUACCGUCGGGUUUUCCAUGAGACGGGAAAUGAAAACCAUUAGCCCCACACGAAAUUUGUGAAUAAGUGAUUGUCUGAUAAUGAGCAAGAAAUAUCUUUUUUUAUGCUAAACAGGAUGUAUUGAACUCAUAAUUCAUUAGAUACUUUCUAUGAAUGUCAACUAAGUACCAUAAGUAAAUUGUUGCCGGUUGAUCAAUCAAUUGAUAACCAAGGUCAUUCUUUGAUGAAUGAUCACUAUGAGUCAGACUCAAUAGAAUUUGAUCAAUCCUCUUUUCUAUCGUUAAGGUGGAGAACUGAAUCAAGAAAUCGACUUCUU